CGGGAACAUUAUUAACUUCGGCUGAGCAGACAUUUUUGUGAAAUUACAAAGAAGAAGAAGAAGAAUUGAAGACAGAACAAUGGAAGGGGAAGGAGAAGAAGACGAAGAAGAUUUCUCUUUCGGAUCGCUGCUCAUCGGGACGAAACGGCUAAGGGAAAUUGUGAUGGAUGAUGAGGAAGAAGAUGGACCAGCUAUUGGAAAAAAGCCCAGACAAAUUAAACAGCCAAACCCUCUAAAUGAACCAAAAAGGGAGCGUGAAGCCAGACUGAAACAGGAACAAGACCAAGCCCAGGGAGAACCAGCGGAGCAAGAACUUCCCCAACAAGGACAAGGCCAACCAGUUGGAUCUGAAAGCAAAAUACCACCCUUUGGUGAUGGUAGCCGCAUUUUAAGAGAUUAUACACCAACAGGGCUUUUCGGUGAUGCUAUUAAUCAGCAUGAAGACACUUGUUGUUCAGUGGUUAUUACACGACUUUUACAAGCUUCUUACAACAAGGAUAAACCCCUCGCCGAACACCGCAUCUUAUCAUACCGUGAUUUAGCUGAGUACAUCAAAGGAAGAAACCAAAAUGAUAAGUAUGCAUUUAGAAAUCUAAACAUACCGAUCAAAUACAUUAGAGAUGUUGGACUUCAUAAAGAUAACAAAAUAUCAGGACCAGGAGUGAAGGGCGUGAAAACUAAAGGCGACUUUGAGUUUAAAAUAGAUGCUACUAAAGAUUUUAUCUAUGAUAAGUUUGCCACAUUUCCAUUGGGAAUUGUUGUUGAGGCGGAUCCUGAACUAUUUAGUAUUGAAAUGGGGGACAUCUUUAAUGUACCAGCUCGUCCAGGUGGAAUAUUGGAAGAACAUGCUUUUCUGGUCCUAGCUGAAGGUGUGACAAGAAGUGGAUUACAAUUUUUGGUGGUCCAAAAUUCAUGGGGAACAAGUUUUGCCAACAAUGGCUAUUUCAGGAUAACACUACCAGACGAUGGGAAGUUUAAAAUCUUUUGGCCACUUUGAGAGUUUGAAGAUAAUUGAUUUUGAACAAUACUGUUAUUGUCGUAGUUGUUUGUUUCUGUUUCCGUCAAAAGGUUGGAUGGAUUAGAACAAGAUUAAUGUUCAUCGGAUGAUUAAUAUGUUACAUAGGAUAGCAGCAUCAUUUAACUAGUAGUAAA